UGCCGGCCGUGGUUCCCAUUGGUGUGCGGGGCGGGGCCGAGGUAGGAGCGAGGCUCGCCGGCCUCUCUAGUCGGAUGUUCCUGGGACUACCCGCCGGACGUGGGAUCGUGGGAGCUGUCGCGCAGGAGCUCAUGUGGAGCGUCGGAAGUGGCGGUGGAAGGAGCGCUGUGUGCCGAGCGCAUGGUGGGAACUCCGGUGGCAGCCCGUGAGGUGGUGUUACUCUGCUGGGCCACUCUGGUGGUGGCUGCCGCCCCCACAUCUGGCGGGUCCAUGUUUGUGCCGAGGCAGCGAAGGGCACUGCAGCACCCCUGAAUUAACAGCGGUUUCUUUGAGAGUUCCCCUUAUGAAGCAGUAACCGGGCUCCGCUGGUGCCGCUGCUCGCUGCCCUUGGACUGCAUAUGUAUCCCCCGCGGGGCCGUACCAGGAAGUGGCGGGUUUGGAAUACGAUUUGCGCUCGUUCUCCCAGGCUGGGGGAGACGCCGUAUGUGGUCAGCUAUUGUGGAGCUGCAUCGUUUUCCGUGAUGACUUGCUGUCACAUAUGAACGCACCCCUUUCUCCUCACACGUUGAUCUUGGCUGCUGGAAAAAUCCACUCAGUGUCCUGAAUGCCUUCAAUAUAGGACAUCGCAGCAACGCUGGAAUUGUUGAACUUACUUUAAUUUAACAUAGGGAUUUCAAAGAAAAAAUUAAACUCUUCUGUCAGAUUUAAUUUACCAGUCUAUAGCCAAAAUCCAGGGACUGAUCUAUGCAGUUUCUACUUAUAAGUCUACUUACUAAAAGUGUGGCCUAACUGUGCUAGUAUUCCAUGGCUGGAGCAGGUCAGAAUUUUGUCUUAUCCCGGUAUGGAGUUCCAUGACCCAGCUUCUUGCUCGCGGCCCAGCCUCUGACUGAAGACUGGGCCAAACCUGUUGCUUUAAUCGUCCUAAAAUCUGGUUUACUCAGGCUUUGAACUUUCCCUGACAUAGCUGAAUCUGCUCAGAUUUUUCUAAACCAGACGCUGUUCAGAUGCAUGUCAACAACCAAGCCCGGCUCCCCCGAGAGCCGCCCAGCACACAGAACCGUCAGGCCGCGCCGGGCCUGCUGGCACCGGCAGGUCCACACCACAGCGAGAGGCCGCGGCACGCCACGCGCUCUGCGUGCAACAGCCGGAGAGGGCCCACCGCGGGCGGCCGGGCCACGGGAACGCUGCGGCUGUGGCUCACGACGGGCGGGGCGACUUCCGCGGGACGCGGCACGGCUUCCGGAAGAGGUGGGAUCGGUGGGUCCGGGUACGGCUCUCGGUUCUGCUCGGCUCCGCGCCCUCGGCCGUCGCCAUGGCCCGCAAGAAGCUGCACCGGCCCAUCGCCGCCAUGGCCAAGAAGAUCCGCGAGUAUCGGGCGCUGAAGGAUCGGCCGCGAGACUCUCAGCGCUUCUCCGUGGACUACGAGACCAUGCGGCGACCGCUGACGCAGAAACGCCUGCCCGUGCGGGCCUGGGAGGACGUGCGGAACGAGAACCGGCUGUUCGCGCUGCUCUGCCGCCUGCCGCGCUUCGGCGUGGGCCGCACCGUAACCCGCAAGUCCUGGCUGUGGGCGCACGACGAGCCCUGCUACUGGGUCAUCACCAAGGUGAAGGCGGACUACAUGGCCGAGAACAUGGACCAUGGAAGAGCCUGGGGCUACCUGACUUUCAAAGGUAAAACUGAAGAAAAAGUGAGGGAGAUUGACAAAGCCAUGUACCAUGAUUGGCGUAUGGUGCCGAAACACGAGGAGGAGGCCUUCAAGAAAUUCACCCCAGUGCCUGAAGAGACUGUUCAUUUCCUGCCCUACCCACCACUGCUCCGAGCCAUGAUCCUUGCACAGUGGCAGAAGGAGGGAAAACCAAUCAUGGAGCCAAUUAUUGAUCUGGAGAAGGUGCUGGCCUCUCCCCAAGAUCAGGCAAAGAAAAAAGCUGCAGGGACACUGGUAUAAAGACUUGUUAUGUGUUCUGAGCAUCCCAUGUGCUCUCGCUGCCUGUUGGAAGCCCAGUGCAUAAGGGGUCUUAGAGAGUCCCUCUGUGAUCAUUAUGGUAGUAUGUUUCCAGCUUUCUCCUCAGCCCUCUACAGUCACCUCAUCUGAAAGGGAAGCUGCAGAUAUACUCAGACUCCUCUUCUGUAACUUUGGUUUCAGUCAGCAAAAAUGAUUCCUUGGAUAGUCUCUAAAUAAACAGCUCCAGUCAACCAGCUGCAGUUCUUUGGAGCAUAAAAUUUUUUACACAACUUGGGUCCUGCGUGAAUCACACAAAAAUGACUGUGAAUAUCACAGUAUUUCACAGAGCUGUGAAAAAAUGUAUCUGCAAAUGGAAAUAAAAGUUUUCUUAAUUUUGCAGCACA